UGAUACCUGUAUUUUGUAAACAUUGUGACUGCUUUUUCUAGUAUCUCUAAACACCAAAACGAAUUUUCACACCUCCCCAGCCCACCACCUAACAGGCGACAAAAAGAAUGCCUACUCACGCUUAUAAGAAUCGUAAGCUUCGUGGUCACGUUUCCGCCGGUCACGGUCGUAUCGGCAAGCACAGGAAGCACCCUGGUGGUCGUGGUCUUGCUGGUGGUCAACACCAUCUCCGUACUCACUUGGACAAGUACCACCCUGGUUACUUUGGUAAGGUCGGUAUGCGCCAUUAUCACCUCCUUAAGAACCCCUUGUGGCGCCCUACUGUCAACUUGGACCGUCUCUGGACUUUGGUCCCUAACGAGACCCGUGAAAAGUACUUGGGUAAGAACGCUGAAGUUGCCCCUGUGAUUAAUGUCCUCCAAUCUGGUUAUGCCAAGGUUUUGGGUAAGGGUCGUCUUCCUGAGAGUCCUGUCAUCGUUCAAGCUCGCUACGUCUCCCGCAGAGCCGAGGAGAAGAUCAAGCAAGCUGGUGGUGUUGUUGAACUCGUUGCUUAAAAAGAUUUAAUAAAUGUUGUUUGGUUUUAA